AUGGGAGACGAUCCGAUCAACUUUCUCCUCCUGGUGGAGUUGAUCGUAGUGACCAUCGUCUGCUCUGCCUUCUUAUUCUACUGGAAUCGACUAUUCGGAUGGGUCUUCGCAUGGUGUAUUCGUCAGUACACCUGGAGGAGAUACAAUGCCUAUAUAGCGAUAGAAUCACUGCAGAUAUCUCCACUGGCAGGCCGGAUUGCAUUCCGGCAACUGGAUUACCAUUCCAGCAAUAUCUCGUUCCGUGCUCUUCACGGUCACGUCACGUUCCGGUACUGGAAGCUUCGCGUGAGGCAAGAGGCUGAUUCGCAAAGUACCAAUCGGAAGCGGAAUCGCUUGCCAUGUCGAAUCAGGAUCUACGCUGAGGGAGUGGAAGGAUUCGUUUUCAACAGAACCCCAGCUUACGAUGGGAUCGUGGAGCGAAUGAAACAGUACGAACAUGCUCAGAAGGCAACGGACUCGAGCAAAGAUGGGGAUCCUCUGCAUCAGAAGGAUUCUCGAGGUUCUGGCUCAGGUGUUGAUACCAGCAAUGGUGACGCGAACUUAAAGGCUCGGUUGAGAAGGGCUGCGAAGGCAGCGACCAACGGCCAGACUAGUUCAGGGGACUCACGAUCAAGUGACUCAUCGAAAGAAUCUCCCGACAAGCCAAAUGAUACCAGACACGAGCUGCCGAAAGCGCCUAAACCUGUCCAGACACCUGUUAUCGAGGGCGUAGAUUGGUUUCGCGAGAUGCUGCCAAUUGAUAUUAGGAUCGUCACUGGGUCAAUCAUUCUUGGAAACGAUGCGACCCCCAUGCUGCUGAUUGGCGAUUUCCAGUCUGCGACUGGCACCCUUGAAAUCUCGGAUUCUCGUUCUAGCUGCGACCUAUACAAGAUGAGCGUCAAUUUGAGAUUCGACGCUCCCAAAAUCCUGAUGCGAACCAAUGUUGAUUACUCUGGACCAUUACUUGCACAUGGAAAGAAGGCAUAUGACGAGCUUUACAAGAAAGAACCCGAUGUCGCAAAACAGCCUCCAUCGAAACUGUCAUCUUCGUCCUACUUUCAGAGUCUCGCUCGGAAAUUCUCUUUCCUUCAGAAUCCGAGGUUCUCUUCACCGCCUGUCGUUGGCCUGCCACAGGAUAGAGUCUGGAAGGGUUUAGCUCGAUACAGGCUAGAUGAAGGCUCGGCUCACAAGGCAGCUACAAAGGAGGAGCGAGAGUACGCCAAAGUGACCACGCUGCUGGACUCUCCUGCACUGGACCUUACAUACUAUGCGGAUUCCCCCGGUCCUGUUCCGGACCCCUCCGAAGCUGAGACAAUAGACCAACUAGACGAAUUCGGAAACAUCGAGCCCGCUCCGGAAUACGGUAUCGAUAUAUCUGUCCAUGGCGGGAUCUUGCAAUAUGGUCCCUGGGCGGACAGGCAACGUGAUGCUCUGCAAAAGGCCUUUGCACCUGCCAUUUUCUUCCAUUCACAGGCGAAGCCGACACUCAAGGUCGGCGAGACUCGGGUCCACACGAAUCUCCUCCUGAAUCUCUCGCUGACAGAGGAGACAACUCUUCGGAUCCCGACGCGUGAGCCAUCCAAAGACUGGUCAUACGACAAUGCUGGACCCGAACUCGAACGUCCUUAUGGCUGGCUCGAUGUUGUAGUUGGGCCGAACUCCUCUAUCACGUACACUCAAUCUCAGCUCGCCACAGAGCACGGCUAUGAUUCGAUGUUGAUCCUCAACUUGGACGCCUUGACUAUCGCCUCAAGUGUCAACCUAGAGACGUUCGUCAUGUCUCGGAGCUGCAGGGUUUCUGUGACCAUGCCUACGCCCCUGCGUUGGGAUGCUCAAAGAGAUUGGGGCCUCGACAUCGCUCUGGACAGCCCGGACGUGACGCUUCUGCGGGACCACAUUCAGCUCAUCUCUGACGUCGCUCGUGACUGGAGUUCAGGAGCACUUGGAGAUUUCCACCACUUCGUGCCGAAUCAUUACAACUUUAGGAUCACGCUCAUCAAUUACGCCUUUCACCUUUACAUCAACGAUUUCAAUAUUGUUAAUCGCCCAAGAUCCAGAGAGGACAACGCUUUCAUGGAUGUGAUCGGACCAGCAAUGUCAGGUUAUGUGGCCGUCUCUGCCACUCAAUACCGACCAGAAUUUUCCGUGGUUCCCUUCUCAGUCAAGGCUCAUGAUACACGUAUCAUGCUCUGCACGCCUGUAUGGGACACACACAGGUCCUUUGGUACGGGUGAGAGCAUAGAGAUCGGCAAAAUUGGCACGUUAGAGGCAAGCGGGAACUACAGAUACUAUGCUGUGCCGAAAUCAGAUCACCAAGAACUUCUCAAUCUGCAUUUGGAGGCCAGCAAGGUAGUCUACAAAAUGCUUGGAUGGUCUUUGCGCCGGCUCUUCUGCGUUAAGGAUAAUUACUUUGGAGGAUUCACCCAAUUCACCACCAUGCAGGAAUAUCUGGAGCGAUUUGAUCAUGACCCGGACUCGGUGGGAGAUCCUGUGGAGGAAAAAUACAGACCCGGACGGUCUGAUUCCUUCGCCGCUCAAAUCACGAUGAACGUGGAGGAUUCUCUCAUCCUCUUGUCGGACCAAAUAUACGGCUGUCAGUCCGGACUUGCUAUGCCGCUUCCUCAGCUUCAAAUGGCCCUUCGGUCCACUGAACACUAUCUUGACCUGUCCCUGGAUGCCUCACCCACAUACAUUGUACCAAUGCCGGACUUCGCCAAGACUUACACGACUGGCGCAGCUUUAGCUCCUGCGGAGAGGGACACCUUCUUCAUUGAAGGUAUUGAGGUGAAAGCGCAUAGAUUAUUUGGACCUCAACCUCGGGCGGAGACUUAUGUCUGCAUUUGGGAGAUCAACGCGCCGCGUAUCACGGCAUUCAGCUCCCCGACCCUUCAGAGUACUUUACAGUCUGUCAGGAAUGCGGUGAUAUACACUUUCUCAGACUUUGAGAACGCUCCGGCCGAAAUAUACAUGCCGAAAACACCUCCUGACGUUACUUUCCUGAAGAUGGCCUUAGGUGAGGUGGCUGUGACCGUAUUCGACCAUGAUUCAGCUCUGUCCGUCCACAUACCCGAAGGUGUCAACAUCAAUACCACAACUUGGGCUACACGUAGUUUCCAAGCGGCCAUUGCGGUAGUGGUGCCUGACAUCCAGGUCCUUCUGCUAUCCCGCCAAGAAGACGAUGAGUGGACCACGAUGAGCUCCAUACGAUCUGAUAUCUGUAUCAAUGUCUUCAAUGUGGGCUCUGGCUGGCGGGACAAAGUCGAACGACAGCAAGCCUUCCUUCAAAAGGAGGAUAAGCCUACAGGUCGGAUUGCAUUCCUGUAUUCUGACGAGCCGAUGACGGUCAGAGCUCACGCCGGGAUUCAUCAUCUGCCCAAUCCAUGGAUAUCUCCAGAUGAUUGGGAGACCGAUACAGCCUCGCAAAUGACUACAGAGUCCUCCUCGAGUGCUCUGUCAUCAUCUUCAAUGGGCUCAGGCACGGAUGAAGGAGAUGCACAGAGGAUGCUUAGACCACGAAAUCGGGUGCGCUCGUGGGCGACUGCUCGAAAUACACCUCAUGUCAGCGAUACAACAUCUGACACAUCGGAGGGCACCUCUGAGGGGACGUCAAGCCGGACUAGCAAUUCUGAUCUCAAACGCGGUCAUCAACAUGACUUGCCGACUGCCCUGGCAGCCACUCUGGAUCAGUUGCGACAAUUUCACAACGCUUUACCGGUCCCUGACGAGAAGGAAGAGUCAAAAGACGACGUCAGUGAUCCAUUUUCCACUGCGCGUCUCGGCAUGCCACAAGGCAGACUGGUCAGAAUUCUGGUGAACAAGAUUCAUUUCAACGUCGUGUUGAAUGCCGCACCGGUCGCCUUCCGGCUCUUCACUGCGCUGCGAAGACUCAGUGAUUCACCGGAACGACUAUUCGACAAUCUACUCAUUCAACAGGUGAAGCCGAUCUACGAGAUUGUCAAGGCUGAAUCGGUGGUCAUCGAUGCCACCGUCCCUCAUAUACUCGCUCGGUUCUCAUUCGAUAAAUCCUCACCUCGAGCUGUCGGCGUCGAUAUCGGAAUCACCGGCAUUCGCGCCCGGACUUUCAAAGACGUCCAGUCGUUCACUGAGAAGGUGCCAAUGAAUGUUACUCUGGCCGCUCGCAGUAUUCAACUCACCGUAUCAUCAGCUAGACGGCUAAAUAAGCCAUAUUUGGACGAUUCUGCACUGCCGAAACUCGCUUCGGCUCAACCGAAUAAAGUCCUGUCUCUUAUCAUCGACAAGCCACAAGCUAGCAUAACGCCAUCCGAGAAUCGGGUUGCCACUCAUCAGCAUUACGCUGAUAUCGACAUCACUGUAGCCGAUUCUGCUUUUGAUGUGCUCACUGGUUGCAUCGAAUCUGUGAAAUUGGUCAAGACAGAAAUCACUGCCGACGGUGCUGGCCAUCGACCAUAUGCCAACCUAUUAUACCACAUUUAUCGAGCUGCAGAGGAAUCCGACAUCACUCUCACCGCGCCGACCUUCAUUAGCGAGACGGCUUAUGGUCUUCACGUCCAGGAUCAGCGAUCCAUACGACGAGACCUCGGCUGGAUGUUGCUCGCGAAGCUGAGGCACUGGUAUAGGCUGACUGGCCCUGCAAGUUUAGGUCCAUCUGAUGUAUCCCCAGAAGACAUGGCAAGGGAGGUUGUUCACGGCCUGGCAUUAGUCGAAGAGCUUGCGGAUGGCGAGAACGCGCUCAUCCUCCGGCAAUCCUUCAUCCAGCAUGCUUUCGGCACCAUCCUCCCAUCUCAAGUCAAUGCUGAAGACAAGGUAGAGCUGAGAAGCUCAACUCACACCCUACACAUCGGUGCCAUGAGCCUUCGACACCUAGGUCACACUCUGAAAGGGCAAAAUGCGGCUCCUAAUUUGGUCAGAAUAACAUCUACAUCUGUCGGGAUUCACAGGACGAAACCUCGUCAGGAGAGCCGCUCCGCCCAUACUCGAUUGCUCGUAGCGGUCAAGAAUUCACAGAUCGAUGUCUCUGACAGUCUUCUCUCUCUCGCAGAUUCCGUCAAGCCGCUGUCCGAGCUGGCUGCGCAGUCAAAACCUUCAGAGGCUGAUCGUCCAGAUGCCAGCCGGAACCUCGUCUGUGAUCUCCAAGUCGAUGAAGCCCAGUUCCUGGCAGCAGCCGCCGGUUUGAAGACCAGGAUAACCCUCAACAAGCAUCAGUCUAUUUUGACAAGUCGAAUUGAUUUUAACCCAGGAGAAGACGGUCCAGCUCGUCACGAACAGAUGCUUCUCAUUGUGGACACUUCUAAGGCAGAGAUGGCAGUGUUACAGCCACAGACAGACUCGACAGACGGCAAUGAAGAGCGGGAUCGAAUGGUGAUCUCUCUCGGCGCUACCGACCAUCGAGUGGUCGUGGAGAACCAUAUUCAUUUCGAUUCGUCUCGGCCCAAAUCUGUCAAAGUAAUGAUGGGUUUGUCUCAUUUCGAGGUAGACUCCAGGCCUCAAUUGAGAGCGUUCCUCGCGUUCGCGAAGGAUUGGAAAUCAGAGCAUGAGCCAACCUAUGCGAAGUAUUUCCGUCGCGGUUCCAAGGCUGUACCGAACGAUGUCCGUACGAAAUCAGGUCCCGACUGCAGUAAGACUUUGUCACCGAAUACGGUCACACAGGUAGAUUUGUCGGUUCGAUCUGGACAAGUACAGGUACGGGCAGCGAAGUCGGUGUGGAUCCGCUGGGAUUUGGACAAGAUCUUUCUCACUGGCAGAUGCGCCGAUGGGACGGUAAAGUUUGGCACCAGAAUUGCUCCGCAGCACGUGGGCGCCUAUGCCUCUAUCAAGAAGACCAGACAUCACUCUGGAGCGACAUUGAGAUUGCCUUCGGUUUCGGCAACCGGGACUUUCCGAUUCCUGGAGCGGGAACCUCAGCUGUCGACGUCGGUCCAACUGGGGUUCUUUACCGGAAUCAUCAAACCGGCCAUGCUGGAUCGCUUGUUGUCGCUGCAUCAGCGAUUGGCUCGGGAUAUGGAGCAGUUGUUCAAAGAGUAUUCCUCCCGAUCGGAAGCGCCGCUGUCAACUCAACCCUCAUCUCUUGCCUCACGGGGCUCGCCUGCUGAUGUCCUAACCGAUCCUCCCGAGAGUCGCUUGCCAAUGAGAUUGGAUAUACGCUGCGGGGUCGAGGGAAUCCGGUUUGGUCUACGAGCCGACGAUGUGGCAACGACACUGCUCUUCGAAGCUCUCGCUCUCACAGCGCAGGCCAGCAAUAUCCACGACGAAGAGGCAUCGCUGUCGUGGCGUGCGAAAGUCAACCAUUUUGGUCUGUCACUUGGGCAUCUUGGCACCGGCGCCUUGUCCGUCGAAGCUGAGCCAAUGCGGAAGCAUCGAUCAGCCUACAUGGUGGUCGACGUCGACGUUCAGGAGAUCCCCGGGACAGGUGCUUCAGCGACCCAGCUCAAUAUCUACCUCAACAGAGCCCACACAGUCAUGCACGUAGCAGCUCUGAGCGAGCUCUCCGACCUCGUCAAGAGCUGGCAGUCUGAUCUCCAUAUUCUCCGAGACAAUAGGGCGAGCGAAAUGGCCGAAAUCAAGUCGACGACGUCCAAGUUCCUGAAGAAACUGGAUCCUGGCGAAGGGCAAACCAAACCUGAAAACUCGUGGUUCGCAAGUCGGCUCCUGUCGGUGCAUGUAGCUGGCCUCGGGUUAGCUAUACCACUUACCGACGCUGCAUCAAUCGGUACCAACGGCAAGAAUAGCAUUCAGCAUGAUCUACCGGCCCUCUUGUUCUCGAUUAGGACCAUAGCCUUCAUCAACCGGAAGAAUGAGACGGCAAGAUUCAAAGUCCAGCGCAUAGCUCUGCAAAUGGUCUCCAAAUUCGAUCAAGGCGUCUCUGAGCACUUUUCGGGAGACUUUCACACCUCGUCAAAUCGGAUGUCUCUGCCAUCUUUGGAGAGCGAGGCGGAAAUGGCUUCUACCGAAGACACCUGGAUGUUGUCAGCUCAUUGCGCAGCGACAGACUUCAAGCUAUCCCUCGCACCAGACAUUGCGGACGGUAUUUUCAAACUCACAGAUUUGUACAGCCAAGGUCGCGACCGCUUCUUUGAUCUGGAAAGACACUACAGGACCGAGGUUGCGACCGCAGCUGAAAGAUCAGACUCGGUAGCUGUCAAGUACGAGGAAGAAACUGUCCCUACAUCUCCUCGGAAACGACAACGGAUCUUUAUCCGCAUGUCUUACACUUUCAACAGUGGAAUCGUGGAGCUUCAUCACGCAGGGCAUACCGAGCCGCAGAAAGCACCCAAACGACAUCUCUGGCUUGAUAUCUUCCAUCUGCCUGCGAUAUCGUUAUGGGUAGACUAUGCUGAGGCGCAAGCCGACACUUCCCCGCAUUCGGAGCUCGAAGAGUCCGAGGCUAACGCAUCCAAUCUUGUGUUCAGUUUUGCUGUUCACGAAAGUAGGAAUACUCUUCGACCCUCUAUUCUACCUUUCUUUGUUGAGCUUGCAAAUCGUGUACAGCGCCGAGUACAAGAGAAGAACGAAAGAUCAGCAAGAGACACACCCAAAGAACCGAAAAAGCCCAUCUCAGAACCGCUCGCCACUGCGAUCAGCGAAUCGACCCUGCAGAAGAUAGCCCCGACCAGCAAUGCUCUGAGGAUCAAAUUGUCUCUCCGCAUAGACCGAUCAGAGCUGCGGUUCUCAUGCGCCCCGGAUUCGAACGCUUAUGCGGAUCUGAAAUGGGAGAGUGGCGGUUUUGUCGUCACCACGACUCUUGGCAAACCGGGCGUCAGCACGGUCUCAGGCUCCAUCUCUGAUAUCACCUCGAGUCUGAGUAAUGAAUUCGCCGAACGCGGAAACAAUUGCGUCGAGGCGGGAGCGAAGGACAUGGCUUUCGCCAUUACUCUAUGUCCCGGCGAAGGAGCAAAACAAUCUGCGCUUUCCGUCGUCUUCGAUACUCAGUUGAUGGGUCAGUUCAGACUGGACGCAUUCAACUCUUGGCUCGUCUUUGUGGCUGUUUGGGUCAACGAUGCUCCUAAGUUGGACUUGCUAGACAAGUUGGAUGAGGCACAAGAUAGUGUCAUCGAUCUGCCGACCACGCCGUUGCCAGAGUCACAGCCCGCCGGGCACAGACGUGCCCGGCCCAACAAAAUGGCAGUUGCGAUCUUGGCGAGGUUCAGAUCGAUUGAUUUCGACGCCAACAUCGGAGUCUCUCGGGCGCAUCUGCUCAUCUCACCAAUUGUCAUCCGGUCCAUUUCGAACGGCGAGAGGACUGAGAUCGACUUCGAGAUUGGAACGACCAAGAUAUCAGCCCUGGGAGACAUCUCUGGCGAUUUGACUAGCGAGAGCCUGGUGUUCAGGACGAUGCGUCGGUCCUCCAGGUCUGGAAUUAGCCCCUCUUCGACUAUCCUGUCAAUGUCGAUCGAGGGUGGCGAUCUCGAAGGCAGUCUGUUCCUUGCCGAUACCAAUAUUCUUCGCUUUCAUUUGGAGCCAAGUCAAGUAUCCCUCACGGACGAUUGGCAUGCGUAUUCCCGUGACCCAGCAUCCCAAGUGUUUCUCAGCUUCACCGUUCAAGCUGGUUUGUUCCAGGGCGUCUUGCGGCUUUUGUCGAUCCCGAGACUUCUCGGGAACAUGUACAGUGUUAUUGACAUGGCCGAAUCGCAAUCUGUUAUCGCCGCCCAACGAUCUGAAACUUUCAAAAAGGCUCGAUCCCGUCGACAGACUGAAUUGCAACCGAUGGCAGCGGUCAUCCUACAGACUGCGGCUAAGAAGGUCAACGACAAGAUACCUUCAUCAACAGUCAAGACUGCUCAAACGAUGCGCUUCGAUCUUGCAGGCAUUGACAUAGGCGUCUUCAACGAGGAUUUCGAGAAUGGACACGUAUAUGACUUUUAUCGAUUCAUCGUUGGAAAAGUGGAGGCGGACUUGAAGCGGCAAUUAUCCAAGGAGAAUCUGCCCAUGAGAGAUCUCGGUCUACUGGUAGCUGCUAUCCGGUGGGAUUACUGUGAUGGAGCGAGGGUUGCGGCGUUGGAGACGGUCCAUAUGACCGCUGGCGAUAUGAUUGAAGCUGCGACGAAGGUUGGCAAAAGCGAAGUCGCUUCGCUCCCUGUGAUGACGCUUGUCAUGAACUCUAUCGAGUAUAACAUGCCCAGAAUCCUCGAUUUCGAUUUCGACCUGACGUGGGGAGAGACGGAUGGCGACAUUCGCAUCCUCCCAGACUUCUUUGAACAGGCCAAGCUUGCCGUCAACAAGCUCAUCCAAGGUCUAGACGAGCAGGAAAUCACAAGGUCAAGGAGUGCCACCGCCACUGAUACAACGACAUCCAACUCCGUGGCGGCAAAGAAGGGAAAAGAGGAGACGGCUGUGGAAGACAAAGUCAAGGAACGAGCCAUCAUUUACAAGGAUCGAGAUCCACUCAAGGCUGACCGCGUGCCUGUUCCUCGGCUCAAGAUGCUCGGAGCAGGUACGAAUGACGCUGCCAAGAUGGUACCUGCCAUUAGAGCUGCGUUACGAGCUCUCCCGAGCUAUAGUCACCGAUUCGUGACGACACCACUAGAAGAGGGAAUGGAUCUAUUACUCAAGUUGUACGAGAAGCAAUUGCCUGAGACGACAUGA